AUGUAAAUCAUCCGAGUCGACUCAGUUCAGAAUCGUCUGUUUGCAAGUCUAAGGUCUACAUUUUAAACGGCUAGUCUUAAAAUUAGAUAAAACUUGAUUUUUUUGUCGAAAAAAACUCUCCCUUGACCAUGUCAUCGUCGGAUCCAACAAUUUCUCAGCCACCAAAGGCAUCUUCCGACGAUGCAGCUAAAUCUAAAGUUGAUGAAGACAAGCAAACGCAAGUUGUUCACGACGAUUCCACCAAGUCCAUGUCUCAGGAUCCUCCGCAUUCCAGUGGAGUCAUUCCAGAUCCAAAACAAGAUGACACUGAUAAGAAAGAAGUGUCUGAUAAAGAUGUAGUCGAUACUGCAGAUCCGAAAGCUGAUAAGAAGGAAGUGGCUGAUGAAGGUGCUGACGAAGGAAAAGAUCGAAUUGACCAGGCUAAACUAGUUGAAGCUCCUCAGCAGUUGAAAGAAAGCAUUCCAGCUACUCAGGAAAAAGAUGAUAAGCCGCCUCAGCAGUCCGACGAGAGCAUUCCAUCUCCUGGAAAGAAAGAUGAUAAGCCGCCUCAAGAGAUAAAUGAGAGCAUUCCAGCUCCAGGAGAAAAAGAUGAUAAGCGGCCUCAAGAGACGAAAGAGAGCAUUCCAGCUGAUGAUAAGCCGCCUCAAGAGACGAAGGAGAGCAUUCCAGCACCCGGAGAAAAAGAUGAUAAGCCGCCUCAAGAGACGAAGGAGAGCAUUCCAGAUCCUGAAAUAAAAGAUGAUAAGCCGCCUCAACAGACGAAAGAGAGCAUUCCAGCUGAUGAUAAGCCGCCUCAAGAGACGAAGGAGAGCAUUCCAGCUCCUGAAAAGAAAGAUGAUAAGCCGCCUCAAGAGACGAAAGAGAGCAUUCCAGCUCCGGGAGAAAAAGACGAUAAGCCGCCUCAGGAUACGAAGGAGAGCACUCCAGCUUCUGAAAAAAAAGAUGAUACGCCGCCUCAACAGGCGGACCAGAGCAUUCUACCUCCCGGAGAAAAAGAUGAUAAGCAAAAACAAGUGAUUGACGGCGAUAUGAAAGAUUCAACCUCUCAAUUACCUCAACAAUCUGACGACAUCGCUCCUAACACAGCUCCGUUAGAAGGAGAUAAGCAAACAGAACUUGAUGAAGAUGCUGAUAAAUCAGUUUCGCAGAAACAGGAUGAAGAAAUCACUCCGGAUCCAGAUCAGGAAACCGGUGACAAUUCUGAUGAUUUCGCUGGUCAAUCUGUGGAUCCAGUUCCAACAAUUCAGAAUGCUACAGAUGACAGUGAUUCUGGACCAGUCGCAGAUGAUGCUCUAAUAGUAUUGGUUCGACGCGAACUAGAGUACAUACGAGAGACUGCUAACAAGUUGAAUGAUUACGGAGACAUCGUUGAACAGAGUCUAGUAGGUUCGGGUGAUAAAAUUAAAGAGCUUGAUAUUAGCUUGAUUGAAGCAGUUGAGGAUAAAGAUAGCGACGAGGUAGGUAAAGAAAAACGAAUUAGAGAUGUUCAGAAAGAGAUUCGUAUCUUCAAAAAGCAUCUAAGGAAAUUGAAGCUCAUUAUACCUCCAAAAUUCAAAGUGAACAAGGAUGAUAUACCGGAGCUGAAGAAGUACUUGAGCGAGUUAACGCAGAAUGUGAAGCUGUAUACCAGUGACAAUAAGCAGAUUUUGGGGAAACUGGACCUGUUCAAGGAGAAAAUAAAUCAUGAGUACAGAUCUGCGUUUAAAGAUUUUCAGGCGCGGUAUGAGAAGCUUGAUUACAGAAUGAAGUUGUGUUUGCUUUGUUUUUCUGCAAUUCCGGAGCAUGAGGUGAUUAAAAAGAGGCUUAUGGUGUACUGGUGGAUUGGGGAAGGUUUUAUAUUCCCGGAGAAGUUGGAGAAGUCCGAGACACCAGGAGAAAAGAAACCAGAUUUGGAGCAACUGGGAGCUAAAGUCUUUGAUGAUCUUUUAAAACAGCAAUUCAUAUUUUCUGCUGAUGGCAAGGAUAGCCAGGAAGUUGAUAAUUGUAAAAUGUUGCCUUUUGUGCGCUGGGCGGUUAUAUACAUGGCGCAGAGAGCUAAGUUUUUUGAGUUUGAUCACGAUGGGAGCCCAAUAGAAGACUAUACUUCUUGUUUCAGGGCGUGUUUAUCUGGCAACGGAUUAGAUACUCAGAAGGCUCCUGAUCUUGAGAAACUUCAUAUGUUGUUAAAUGUUAAUGAAGCGAUUCUUGAGUUAAAGCCCGAAUGGCUGUUGAAAAUGAGAAACAUUAGUAUACUUUGUUUGGGAAGGUGGCAGGCUGCAUCAGAACAUCAUAUUGAAGUUGAAGAUACUAAAUUCUUGCAAGCUUUGAAGAAUAUGAUACAUUUGAGGUAUCUUAGUCUUCAAGGGAUUUCACGAAUUACUGAGCUUCCUAAUUCUGUUUCGUGUCUGACAAAGCUGACUAUGCUUGAUCUAAGGGCUUGUCACAAUCUUGAGAUUAUUCCUCGUGAUAUUGGCUCACUCAGGAUGCUCACAUACUUGGACUUGUCGGAGUGCUACCUGCUAACACAGAUGCCUCGAGGGUUAUCAAAACUUGAGAAUCUAGUAGUUCUGAAGGGGUUUUUAGUCGUGGAAGAUCCAAAGAAGGAUAAGAUUUGUACUAUUGAGGACUUGGCUAAAUUAAAGAAACUCAGAAAACUAAGCAUCUUCACUGGUGUGGAGGCCUUUCCUAGUUCAAAAGAUCUAAGUGCUUUUCAAAAAUUUGAAGUGCUCAAUAAGCUUAAGAUAGUCUGGGGAGGAAAGAAAGCAAUCAAAGGCGAGUCUGGUCAAACAACAGCUGAAGGAGGUGCCACAACAGGGGUUUCUAGCGUAGAGACCAGCAAAGACAUUGGGAGAAAACUAAUCCCUGAUGUGAUGCCUAAAAGCAAGAGAAGUUCCAGAAAGAAUGCAUUGGGGGUAUCAGACAGUUCAAACUCAGGCCUUCCUAAGCAACUGCAAAAGCUCGACCUUCAAUGUUAUCCUCUGGAAUCAGCACCAGAAUGGCUGAAGCCUAAGAAAUUGGAGAACUUAAAGAAACUGUACAUCAGAGGUGGGAAACUCCGCGAUCUGAAUCUUACAAAUGACGACUGGGAGGUCGAGCCUUGGAAUGUAGAGACUCUACGUCUCAAGUACUUGACAGGAUUGGGAAUGAAUUGGACUGAACUGCUGGAACUGUUUCCUAAAUUAAUUUACUUGGAGAAAGUGAGAUGCACAAAGCUCACCCUAUUCCCUUGCAACGAUAAAGGAGUCUGGAUCAACAGGGCGGAACUUUCCAAGAAGGUAUAAGCGCAAGCAUUAGCCUCCUCAACCAGCAUUGUUUUCUUAUCCAAAUCAAGUUAUUUAUUGAAUGAUGUAAAUUGUUUCUUUAUUAUUAUGUACUUGUGAUAUGUGAGCUGUGUGUUCUUGUGAAUCAUGCAAUCGUUCUUCGCUUCCCUUCCCUUGUACUGUAGCUGAUUCCUGCAGCAAGAGGGUGAGGGGAGCAGGAAUGCAAGCAUGAGCAUGUGAGUAUUUGAAUUCCCAUUUAUUUGUAAAUUGAAAAGAGGUUGGAAACACUAAUAAAUAAUAGUUUGGAUCCAUGAUUACCAAACUAUCUGCUGAAA